UCUACAACUCUAUGGUGCUAGUAAAAAGAUUAUAGGUUAGGCAAAAUUCAAUUUUUUUUUAUUAAUAUUAAUAACUUAAAUUUCAUUGAUUAAAAUUGUUAUUUAGCUACGAACAACUAUAUUUUUCUUCCUCUUUCAUUAAAAAAAAUUGAGUGAAUAUCUUUAAAAAUAGUUAAGAUACAAAUGUGCCGUGAUUAGUAACAUUACCCAGAGUGAUUUAGCAAUAAUUUAGCAGUUUAAUCUAUUUGGUGGGAGUAAUUUAUUUUGGUGAGACAGUUUCAAUGGUUUGUUGAAAAAUGUGCUCCUUAUUCGAACGUGAAAGCUCGUCACAAUCUGUCAAAGAUUUCUUCGACAAAAGAUUCAAACGCUUAUGCAUUAGUGAUAUUAACAGUGAUGUUGAAUUCAUAGUAGGCCACGAAAAAGUUAGCAUCAAAGGACAUAAACUGUUUUUUUCUACUGCUAGUGAGGUUUUCUACGAAAUGUUAGCUGAAUUGUCAGUUGUUGAGCUAGUUAAUAUCGGGCCAGAAGGAUUCAAAGCAAUGAAGGAAUUCAUUUAUACAGGUGAAGUUAGUUUCAGUUCCAUGACGCAUGCCGUUUCAACACUUGUGACUGCUAAGAAAUUUCUCGUUCCCUUACUUGACUUGAAAUGUAUUGAGUACAUCAGAGAUAAACACUCUUCAGAAGUGUUGCAAAUCUAUGAGGAAUUUAAAGGAGAGAAUAUCACACACUUCAACGACACUUGUUUUGAGCUAUUUGAGACGAUAACGUACGACAUAUUGGAAAGUGAUGGGUUUUUAUCAGCUAAAUCUGAAACAAUAGAUUUGUUACUGAAACUUGAGUCGUUAGCGUUGAGUUCUGAGCUUGAACUUUUCACUUUCUUUGAAAAAUGGGCUCUUGCCCAAGCCGAACGCGAAGAAAUAUCAGAUGAGUGCUUGGGAUCUCACUUCAAUGGGCUUAAAAAGCACAUACGGUUUUUGACAAUGUCUCCAAAGGAGUUUGCUUUGAGUGCUUCCAAGUCUCUUCUACUCACUAAAGAUGAAAAAUUGGAUAUCGCGCUCAAUAUAUUGUGCCCUGGGUCAACGCCUUAUCCAGAUAAUCUGUGUCCCAUACAGAAAAAACGUAAGUUUACAUGUUCUACGACAUGGAAUCAGCUGUAGAAAGUGAGUUACUCAACCUACGAUAAAAUAUUCUAUAAAAUUGUUAAAAUAUUGCAUUUUUAAUUCUAUUGUUUUUAGUCAUUUGAAAAAGAGAGUUGUUAUAAUUACAUUGGAGGACUGAUGAGAUGAUCUCUAGUUGUUUGGUGCCAGAGCGGACGGAGCUAGAAGAAAUCCAACUGCGCAUACCUGACUGCUCAAUUCCAGAUUAUAAAAUUACGGCAUGCUGGCUGGAUGAUCAAAUAAUGUAUUUGCUACGCAUGAUAGCCUCUUGAUGCUAAGGAAGGGAUAAAUAGACCCAGGGUUCUUCUUCCUAGUCCGCGACACAAGUUAUGUGUACCACUUAACUACUACCGUAUGUAAGUCUGUAAGUUUUAAUCCAAGUCUGUAGUUUUUGAGAAUCCAUUAUGUUUUUAAUAUUCAUCUUUGAUACUGGACAAUACACUUGGUCAAAUAAUAAUAUUAUAAAUGAUCAUCAAUGUUUUUGAUUGUUAAAAAUAGUAUUAUACAUGGACUCAAGAAGUGGAACUACAGUAGUUCCUUGAUUUUUAAAUAAGUUAGUCAAGUGACCCAUCCACGAAUAUUAUAGCUUCAUCCCACCAAAGUACUACUAAAUCAAGUCAUACUGAACUCUCAACGGUGACUAUCCCGUCAAAAAUGCUCACUUAUUCUAAAAUUUCCGAUCAUACACUCAAAACUGAUCAAUAUUCCAGCCUCAUGAUGCAAUUAGACCAUUUGGACGCAUUAAAAUAAAUUAUAUGCAAUUUGGUAUAAUGGAAGCCAUGUGUUAGCUAUAAUAUUCAGUGUAUACCCUCACAUAAAUACGUGGCUAUUUCAAAUUGCAGCUAAAUUUUGAAUUGGUCCACUCUCCAUCUCCUAUCAAACACUCGCUCACUCUCUCUCUCUCUCUUCAACUCUCUCUCUCUCUCUCUCUCUAACUGUUUCUCUCUCUCUCACACUCACUUUCUCUCUGUCACUCUAAUGGCAGAGGCCAUGGGGCUGUGACUGUAUUUCUAGUGUCUUUUCGUUUUUUUUAUAUAAAACGUAUAUCUUGUCACAAUAUAAUCAAAAAGAGGUUAUCUAAAAAUCCAAUACAAGUACCCACCGAGCAAAGAACCCCACUUUAAUUUUAAAUCAUAGUAUUGUGUCUUUAUCUCUAUGUGUACAGUACCACCUGUCAAUUUAUCAACUUUUUUUGGGAAGUAUAAUCAAACGUCUUUGUUAAUUUCUGUUUACUGAUUAUUCAAUAAAAUUUCCGAAUCUAUUCACAUAGAGGAUACCAGAUAUUUUAAUUAAGUUAGAAUAUUAUGUUAUGUAGUGAGACGUGAGACUGAGAAAAUAACAUUUUAUUCUAAGACUGGAUUUUACUAUAAAGUGAUAAAAGGUAGGCUUAUAUUAUAUUAAUAAGUGACCAGUUAUCAAUGAUAAUAAUUAGUAGUAAAACUUGGUAAUAAUUAAAGUUCACAAUCAAUUUUAUACUUUUCUUAUUUGCUUGAAACAAUUUUAUACCAUUCAAUAUUAUUUUAUAACAAUUUGAGACAAGAAACAGCAUCGUGAAUAUGAUUUGUUUCUAAUCUAUGAUAUGUAAUGCAUGCUCCAUGAAUUUUUCAAUUUUCUGAAACUUUUUCACAUUCCAUUAUAUAUAUCUGAUUGAAUUGAUUUCUAUAAAAAAGUUGAUAUGUGGUUCCACUGUGGGCUACUUGAAUAUAAUAUUGGUCUAUUUGUUCUUUACUUUGUUUGAAUAUCAGUACAAAAAUAAUUAUGUAUACAUGAUUUGGCUUCCAGUCUAUUAUGAAGUUUGCUGCACAAUUUAAAAUUUAAUUGAAAUGGUUGUAAUGCAUGAUUAUAACUUAAAUUUUCCUAUUUCUGGAGUAUUUGCAUAUUGUAUUUAUCUUAGAAAAUAAGAAGUUUUGCAUUUAAUAAUGGAAAUUGUAUUAUAUUAUAUUAUUUGUUAAAUUAAAUUCAUUUUUAUCGAAAGAUUCACCAACUAAUAAACUGAAAGUGAGAUUAGUAAAACCAUUUCGAUUUUUGUUGUUCUAGUUAUGAAAAGAAAUAAAUUUUUAUAAUUUUUUGAAAAAUAGAA